AUAUAGAACACUAAUAAAAAGGCUCGAUGCUCUAUCUAUAUAAUCUAAGCAAUUCAUGUAUGGAGUAAUUUUAUAUGUCAACGCUACCUACCGACAGAACGUGUAUAUAUUUUCCGGACUAAAGUCAAUGCCUUAGCCUAAUUAAUAGUCAUACUAACAUCAUGGUUCAUAUAAUGAACAACAUCAAAAUGUCUUUGUUAAUCAUUCAACUAAUUUUUAUUCGAACCACAUAUGGAAUCGGUUUCAUUCGAACAAUACAAGCUGUUGGAUUUCCUUAUUACAAGAUCAUGUUCGUAUUGGGAAAUUGUAAAGAACAACUCUUACUUGUCGAGAAUAAAGUAUGGGGAAAUGUCAAGUUAAACCGUAUUUUUGAUAUUUACUAUAAAAGCAGCGAUCCAAAUUUCAAAGUAUCAAGAGUUGAAAUAAGCAUAGUAAUAAACAACACUGACUGCUUCGCACAUUCUGCAUCGGGAGUCGGUUCCUCCGUAUUUUCUGGAACAUUAUAUUUACCCGUAAAUUCAGGAGUUGUUCUUUAUCAUUUAAAUAUCUUCACGUGUAAUAAGAAUGAUUUUCUCACAUUACUAAGUGAUAGUAAUGACGAGAAUGAUGAAACUGAACAAUCAAUAUAAUUUAAAUACCCACCUCGAAAUAUG